UCUGGCUCCAACCCCCUGAAGUGACGUCAGAGGGAGCGCUGCCUGCGAGGUUGCCAAGUCGAGACUCCCAGUGAGCGCUCCGAGUCGGGCAGGGUGAUAGGACACAAGCCGACCUUUGAGACCGUCAAAUUGCAGUAUUGUUGCCAACCGUCAGAGCAAGAAGAUGCCACUGGGUGACGAUUGCCAUGCCUGGAAAAAGAAGACCUCAGAUGUGAAGGAGAACUAUGACUUCAAAGAGAUCCUGGGAACGGGAGCCUUCUCUGAGGUGGUCCUGGCAGAGGAGAAGAGCACCCAGAAAUUGGUGGCCAUCAAGUGCAUCCCAAAGAAAGCUUUAGAGGGCAAGGAAAACAGCAUCGAGAAUGAAAUUGCAGUCCUGCACAAGAUCAAACACGCCAACAUCGUAUCUCUUGAAGAUAUCUUUGAGAGUAAAUCCCACCUCUACCUUGUCAUGCAACUGGUAUCAGGUGGGGAAUUGUUUGAUCGUAUCAUAGAGAAGGGCUUCUACACAGAGAAAGACGCCAGCAAGCUCAUCCAGCAGAUCCUGGACGCUGUCAAAUAUCUCCACGACAUGGGAAUUGUCCAUCGUGACCUAAAGCCAGAGAACCUGUUGUACUACAGCAUGGACGAAGACUCCAAGAUCAUGAUCAGUGACUUCGGCCUGUCGAAAAUCGAGGGCACUGGCAGCGUCAUGUCUACGGCCUGUGGCACUCCUGGAUACGUUGCCCCUGAAGUCCUGGCUCAGAAACCCUACAGCAAGGCAGUGGACUGUUGGUCUAUUGGCGUCAUUGCCUAUAUUCUAUUGUGUGGUUACCCCCCUUUCUAUGAUGAGAAUGAUGCCAAACUGUUUGAGCAGAUCUUGAAGGCAGAGUACGAGUUUGACUCUCCUUACUGGGACGAUAUCUCUGAUUCAGCUAAAGACUUCAUAAUCCACCUGAUGGAGAAAGACCCCAGGCUACGGUACACGUGUGAACAGGCUCUGCAGCACCCCUGGAUUGCCGGGGAUACAGCUCUGGAAAAGAACAUCCAUGAGUCUGUCAGUGCUCAGAUCAAGAAGAAUUUUGCCAAAAGCAAGUGGAAGCAAGCGUUCAAUGCCACAGCAGUGGUGCGGCAUAUGAGGCGUCUCCAGCUGGGCACCAGUAGCGAGGGCCCCAGUCCAAACACCCUGACCAGCCCCUGUCGAGCUCACCUGCUGCUGCCAGACGAUCACCCCCAACACACAGAGGCCCAGUGUGAAGGGGGAUGCUCCCAAAAUGUCGACGGCGGUGCAGAGCGAGACCCUCUGUCCAACAACUGCACCUACCGCUGCCACCCUACCAGCAGGGUGUGAUCCUUUCGCCUGCUCCACUGACCUACCUAAUCUAUCCCAGUGACUUUCCAUUUUUAACCCCUGGGUGGAACCAGAGGCAUCAACUCCCCCCCUCCUGUCUGGUUAGGAAUACAGUGUCAUUCCAACCUCUCGCCUGCAGGGGGGGGCAAGCAUGUCCAGUCUGAGGAAGAGGAAGUAAAGUGGGAUGAAGGGAGGAGAGACUUGAUGAUGAUGCUGCUGCUGAUGAUGAUGAUGCAUCACAGGAGAUCACUUUUGCAGACUGGGCUGAUAGUAGGGGAUGAGUUGAAAGGGGGCGAGGAAAUGGAGGAGAGAGGGGAAGACCCCAACCCCCCAACCCCACCCCCAUCCCUCACCACCCAGUGCUUCAUGGGUAUUGUGUUUUACGGGAGCAGGACAGAGCUUGUUGGUCAUGGUUCUUAUUCAUUCUUUUUGAUUCAACAUGUCUCUUGGUUUGUUUUUCGUUGAUUUUUUUUUUUAUAUAUUUAUGUGGUAUCUUUUUAAAUCUUUCUCCAUUAGCAUUAGAGUCAUGAGUCCAGAGAAAAUAUCUGCAUGAUUAGGAGAGAAUAUCCCCAAGCAUGUUUUGUUAUUUGUAAAAAAUGCCGCUCUGCAGAAACGCGGCAUUGCAGUAUGUUGCAAAUGUGAUGGAGUAAAAUGUGCAAAGGCGUAGGCCUCUAUAUCCCCACUGGUUCACAACAGCAUGUCUUUUCAGCAUUUUGAUACGUUGCAGUUUUAAUAUGAAGGGCUGCUUUAGAAUAUUAACUGAUGUUCUCAUAAAUCUCAUAAACUUUAUAUAGUAAUUUUAGAUUUGUACUACAAUGUCAGCACAGAUCAACAUGCCAAUUUAGUAUCUUUAAGUUGGGCUCUUAGACAAUCAGUGACAGAAUAGUUUAUGCAACGAAUACUCGGUCCAUCAACUAUGUAGCCUUUAUUGUGACAGUCUGGUGUUCCCAGCCAGUGGUUAGGCUUUUAAAACAAAAAGGCUCACCCAGCUCUUCUCCAACCCAAACCUCUUUAACCACUUCAGCACAGGGAAAAAUCUUUGUCUAAGGUGCCUUUAGGAUAUACGGUGUGAAGGGUUUGUUUUUCUGGUAGCUUCAAAAAAAAAAACAAAAACAAAAACAAACAAACAAAAAAAAUGGAAGACGUUUCUUUGCCUCUGUACAGGUUUUACAGCACUAACUAUUUUUGUCAUUUCAUGUUUUGUAUGUACUGUAUUUCACUGAUGCUGUAACAGCUUGAAAAGGCAGUUUUCUUUGAUUUUUUUUUUUUUUUUUGGUCUGAAAGUUAAGUACUGUAAUCUCAUAAUGAGGACAUUCGUACAUCUAAUAGCUAAAAUUUCAUCACAGUCAAAACCACCUUUGAUGUUUUCCUCUAAAAUCCACUCUUAACAGUCAAAACUAAUUGUUAAAUCUCCCCUCUGGGAGCCUCAUUUAUAGAAAUCAUUUGGAUUUUUAUUUAUUUUAUUUUAUUCUUUAACCUUAGAAAUCUGCAUAUUUAAGCCUGUGUCAACACUGAACUUGACAGGAAAUGUUUGCAGUUAUUUACCAGCUCCUGACACCCAAAUCCAGAACACCCAGUUGCAAACCAGACAAAAAAAAAUCAAGAAAUUAAUUUAUAGUUGAGAAAAUGAAGUCCUGAGUUGCUUUCUACAUAUAAUUGCAUGUACAACAAGGAAGCACAUAAACUUUACCUUACCUACCUUACUUAACUCAUUUUUACUCUGAAAGGUGAUGAUUGAAGGGUUAGCAUUCUCAUAGGUGUGGUUCCUGCUCUUCCAGUCUGAUUAAAAUUGUAAUCCAUUUAAGAUGGUAAGAUCUGAUCACGCAGACGCAGCUUGACUCGAGCCUCAGAGCAGGUUCUGUGAAUGCCAGAAACUGCAACUAAAAAUUACCAUUAGUUGCAGCUGUCACCAUGUACUGUAAAUGCACCUCCCUUACCAUCCUAGUCUUUAUAAAUUCUUUCAUGGGCAUGUUUUCCACCUCCAUUCAGUCUGUACAGAGAGAACCUGAAUUAAAGGAUGUGAAUAUGCAUCACGUUGGCUCACUUCAUCAUUACACCCAUCACUACUUUAAUUCUAGUGUGUGCAUGAAGAGUACAUAUGAAGAAUGUGGUUGUUGACUCAUAAGCUUUUUAUAGAUUAAAAAAAAAAAACUCAUUAAACACACAUGUUUAUCUCAGUGUUGGUUGGUUUUGUAAAGAAUUCCCAAAAUGUAGCCAGAUGAUUGCUCUGCUCGUGAUUACAGUACUAGUGGUGGAAGUGCUGUUAUAAACAAUGUCUGUAUGCUCUGUAUUUCAUCCUGGAGGCUAUUACAGUCAGGUCGUUUUGAGCUGCCGUUUGGCACGGCUCACGGCUCACCUCCAACGAUAGCUCCGUCAGAAUAUGAUGAAAGGCAGUAAAAAUGAUCGAAUGCUGAGGUCUGCAGCGAGUGCAUGCAGAACUGUUCGGUUCCUCCAUGAGGUUUACAGACACUCCUCUUGACUUUGGCCUUUCCUUGACAUGAUCAUGUUUUUGUUUUUUUUUUGUUUUUUUUCGCUUUCUCUGUCAUAAAAGUGCAGAAUUUUGCGUAUGCUUGCAUGAUGUGGCUUUAAAAUGUGUGAACCCCAUGACUGAUGAUGAGUAGUGUGUACUCAGUUAUUGUGAAAAACAAAUGUUUGACAAGUCCUGGUAAAAUGAGGGAUUUGAUCAGAUGCUUUUUCUUUGUAAUAGUCCAGAAUCCUCUUGAAUAGUUUCUCAUAUAGACGAAGGGUUAAAGCAAGUCAAAAGUGUUGCUUCCAAAAACUUAUUUUUGAGCUUUACUCUGCAUUAUUUUGAGUGAGCAUUGUGAUGUAUUUGGACAGUGACGUAAUUGGUGAGUCAAAACUGUAGUGACUUUUUCAGGAAUCCUCGGUGUGAAUUUUACAUGUUUCAUGAAUUACUGUAACAAAUGAGCACCAACACAAGGAUAAGAAGUCUAAAGCAUGAAGGCAGUCCUCAUCUACAGUAUAUGUUUUAUGUUUUAUAUGUUUUUUUACUAAGGUAACAUAUGAUCACAUAUACCAGCUGCAUCUAUCAUUUGAUUUUUGUGAUUUGAUUUAGCACUUUUAAUUGGCCUACAAACAAUGGGCAAGUUAUUUUGUAAUCUUAAAUUGGGAAUAUAAUAAAUUGGUGAACUUAUUCCAGUUCCUCUAUUGGUUUGGUGCACUGGAACUCAAAAGUUGAUAAUUAAAAGUAUUUCUCACCAGCUCUAAAAGCAAAUGUUAUUUGAUGGCCAAAUGAAGCCAGAACAUAGAGUUUAACCUGCUUGAGGUAAACAUUAUCAUUUGCUUUAUUGUAGUCAGCACCAUUAUAGUGUGUCUGUGUCUCUCUGAGUAUGUGAGCAUGUGUCUGAGGACAGGACAGACUGACCAAAAAAAAAAAACUCUCUCUUUGAAUGUUUUUUCAGCUGAUGAGCUGGACCAAGACCUUGGAAAGAGAAAAGUUAAGAUUUCCACAUUCUAGUGCACUGAGGCAAGUGAUGAUAAAAUAUGUAACCAAGAUAUUAUAUUGACAGUAUCCCAUUACCUCACCACUCAGCCACCUUGGUAGGAAACAAAAGCAGGGGAUAGUAGCAUGGGCAAAAUUUUUGGUAUUAAUAUGAAAAGCAGAGUUAGGGAAAAGAAAUACUGAAUUUGCAUCCGACUAAGAGUAGCACAUAUUUGCAGAGGAGAGUAAAGCUUUAAUAUAAUACUUAUGCUUGCAAACAGGUUAAUACUUUUUUUCCACAGCUUUUUUUUUUUUUUUACAGUCCAUACAUUGUUCCUGCACAGAUUUUAUAAUACAUAAAAUCUACCAGAUCCCAAUACAUUUUUUUAAUGAUAAAACUAUGAUAAGUUAAGUUGUGUUUCAGCCUGUUCUAGUCUUUGAUAAAUCAUAAGCCACUUGUAGAGAAUGACCCAAUUGUUUUGGAAAGUUAUGCUGCACAAAUGAAUAUUUGUACCGUAAAAUAUGUUGCCUUUUUUGUAAAUGCUGUUUUGGGCUACAGUACUUACUGUAUACAUAGAUGCAAUGCAUCAUGGACCGUUGAAUAUUGACUACUGCUCAGUGUCAAAGCCAAUGACUUGUGCUUGGAACAGAUUUGUAGUGAAGCUUACAUUAAAAUCCCUGUCUAUGCA